AUGAGCAGAUUUCAAUCUUGCAAGCCGCCAAUUUGCGCGCAUGGUGUGCAUGAUGCAUAUCAAAUUACAAAUCUGACGAUACCAAGUGAUAUUUUAGCGAUUGAUGAUGAUCGAACAUGGAUAAAUACGAAAGAGACCCUCAAAGAACACUACUUGCCAAUUUCUGUGCAGGUCGGAAUUUUGGGUGUGCUCUUCACCAUGUCUGCUUUAUUCUCGGGUCUGAACUUAGGUCUCAUGACAUUAUCAAUACAGGAGCUGAACCUAAUCAUCAAAAGUGGUAGGUUCUACAUUUUCUGGACUUUUUUGUUUGCUUCGUCCAUUUCCGUGCUAGCGCUGUGCCGGUUCCUUACUACGGGGCCAUUCAUGUACGUAGUAAAUGCAGCCAUAUCCAUCUUACUCGAAGACCUCACUACCGGUACCAUUGCUUUUGUAGCAUCAUCAGCGGGAAUUUUACUUUUUGGCGAAAUUACUCCACAAAGCGUUUGCGUC